GUAACUUUUCUCAAGUGAGCUUAUUUUAGCUAAAUUCAGAUUCGAGAGUAUAACGCUGUCGCUUGCCGCAUUUGUAAGGAUGGGACACUUGCCGAAAAUAUUGGUCGCUUUUUUGGUGUUCUGCUGGCUGGGACAAGAUGCAUUGGGAGCCCCCGCUAAAGGGAGAUACAUGUGGGUGAGAUGCAGACCAGAUGGCAGAAAUGCAAACUGUGUGAAAGAGUGGGGUCCGUGGCUAAGCCUGCCUGGGCCCAGGGAACGCCUCCCUCCAUCUGCGGUACAAGACAUCAUGAAGGCAAGCCUUGACUUGGACCUGCAGUCAACUGAUGGUUCCGGGGAAAGUGGACUGUUUGUGGAGUCGAGUUUGGGAGACCAGUUAGCCACAGAUUUGGGUUCAGGGGACCUGUCGUCCACAGACUGGGGUUCAGGGGACCAGUCGUCCACAGACUGGGGUUCAGGGGACCAGUUGUCCACAGACUGGGGUUCAGGGGACCAGUUGUCCAUGGACUGGCAGGAUCAUGGGUUGUUCACCGCUGAAGGAAGGGUGCAGCUGAUGGAGGGUAGUGGAUCAGAAGGCAGUAGUUCAGAGGGCAGUGGAUCAGCUGGCAGUAGUUUAGAGGGCAGUGGCUCUGUGCUUGACUACACAGAAUAAGACUGUGCAACAACAUCAUAAUAUCUCCCACACACUUGAGCUACAGGAAUAUAAGUUUAAACUGUAACUCACUGGAACUACAGAAGGAAAAUAUGUAAUCCUGUAGCUACCUGGAAAAACAUGUACUAUAUCUGAUGCUGUUUUUGUAGUGUGAUAUAUAUAUAUAUUCAACAACCCCUCUCAUGGUUAAAUACUUUAAAAGUACUUUUUCAUUCAUGCCGUACUUUAUUUUUGGCGUCAUGUAGUUUGUAAUAAAUUUUUGCCAGUAAUAUG